UAAAUGACGUGCCGAGAGAGCGAGCGAACGCGCAGCCGGGAGAGCGGAGUCUCCUGCCUCCCGCCCCCUACCCCUCCAGCUCCUGCUCCUCCUCCGCUCCUUACACACAGACAAGCUCACACCCGCUCCCUCACUCGCACACACAUACACGAGCGCACACACGCUCGGCACACACACUCCACUCUCUCCCGCGCGCUCACACCCCUCUCGCCCUGCGCCCUCGCGGGUGCAGCGCCGCGCGGCAGCCGGACUUCCCUCCCGGGCUCACUUUGCAACGCUGACAGCGCCGGCGGUGGCCGUGGAGGUGGGAACAGCGGCGGCAUCCUUCCUCCUGGUCGCGGCCAGAGCCAGGACGGCCGCGGAACCCCUCGGCGGCGCUCUCCCAUGAGUCAGGAUCAUAGCAUCCCCUGCCAGCCGCUCAUCGCCUCUGGGAGCCGCUGGGCUUGUGCACCGCAGCCUUUCCAGGACAGCAGCUGUGACUCCCCCUCAGUGCAGAUUUCGGGGCAGCUCUCUAGAAACUCGCUCUAAAGACGGAACCGCCACAGCACUCAAAGCUCACUGCGGAAGAGUGCAGCCCGGCAAGCCCCUGCCCUAAGACUGGACCCUCCGCGGAGCCGGGCAGCACCACCGCCGCUUCGACUAACCAGACGUCUCUGCCUCCUCCACUCUCAGCCUCUGCUGGAGAGACUCACAGCCCCACCAUUCAGCGCGCAAGAUAUCCUCCAGAUAUGCCCUGUGUGCAAGCCCAGUAUAGCCCUUCGCCUCCAGGUUCCAGUUAUGCAGCGCAGACUUACGGCUCAGAAUACACCGCGGAGAUCAUGAACCCCGACUACGCCAAGCUAACCAUGGACCUUGGUACCACCGAGAUCACAGCCACAGCCACCACAUCCCUGCCCAGCUUCAGUACCUUCAUGGAGGGCUACUCCAGCAACUAUGAACUCAAGCCCUCCUGCCUGUACCAAAUGCAGCCCUCCGGACCACGACCCUUGAUCAAGGUGGAGGAGGGCCGCGCGCACGGAUACCACCAUCAUCCCCACCAUCACUCACACCACCACUCCCACCACCACCACCAUCACCAGCAACAGCAGCAGCAGCCAUCCAUUCCGCCCCCCUCCGGCCCGGAGGACGAGGUGCUACCCAGCACCUCCAUGUACUUCAAGCAGUCUCCGCCGUCCACCCCCACCACGCCGGGGUUCCCCCCUCAGGCAGGGGCGCUGUGGGAUGACUCACUGUCCUCGGCGUCGGGCUGCAUCGCGCCAGGCCCGCUGCUCGACCCGCCGAUGAAGGCGGUGCCCAGUGUGCCCGGCGCGCGCUUCCCGCUCUUUCACUUCAAGCCCCCGCCGCCAGACCCGCCAGCACCCAACACGGCCGGCAGCCACCACCUCAGCUACGACCCGACGGCCGCCUCCGCGCUCAGCCUGCCACUGAGAGCUGCCUCCGCGGGCAGCCAGACCACCGCGCUCGAGGGCCAUCCGUACGGGCUGCCGCUGGCCAAGAGGGCGGCGGUGCUGGCCUUCCCACCGCUCGGCCUCACAGCCUCCCCCUCCGCGUCCAGCCUGCUGGGCGAGAACCGCAGCCUGCCGUCUCCGCCUAACAGGAGCUCGUCGUCUGGCGAGGGCACGUGCGCCGUGUGCGGAGACAACGCCGCCUGCCAGCACUACGGCGUGCGCACCUGCGAGGGCUGCAAGGGCUUCUUCAAGAGAACGGUGCAGAAAAAUGCAAAAUAUGUUUGCCUGGCAAAUAAAAACUGCCCCGUAGACAAGAGACGUCGAAACCGAUGUCAGUACUGUCGAUUUCAGAAGUGUCUGAGUGUUGGAAUGGUUAAAGAAGUUGUCCGUACAGAUAGUCUGAAGGGAAGGAGAGGUCGGCUGCCUUCCAAACCAAAGAGCCCAUUACAGCAGGAACCUUCUCAGCCCUCUCCACCUUCUCCUCCGAUCUGUAUGAUGAAUGCCCUUGUCCGAGCUUUAACAGACUCAACGCCCAGAGAUCUCGAUUAUUCCAGAUACUGUCCCACGGACCAGGCCGCUGCAGGCACAGAUGCUGAGCAUGUACAGCGGUUUUACAAUCUUCUGACAGCCUCCAUCGAUGUAUCCAGAAGCUGGGCAGAAAAGAUCCCCGGAUUCACUGAUCUCCCCAAAGAAGAUCAGACAUUACUUAUAGAAUCAGCCUUUUUGGAGCUGUUUGUUCUCAGACUUUCCAUCAGGUCGAACACUGCUGAAGAUAAGUUUGUGUUCUGCAAUGGACUUGUCCUGCACCGACUUCAGUGCCUUCGUGGAUUUGGGGAGUGGCUCGACUCCAUUAAAGACUUUUCCUUAAGUUUGCAGAGCCUGAACCUUGAUAUCCAAGCCUUAGCAUGCCUGUCAGCACUGAGCAUGAUCACAGAACGACAUGGGUUAAAAGAACCAAAGAGAGUGGAGGAGCUAUGCAACAAGAUCACAAGCAGCUUAAAAGACCAUCAGAGUAAGGGACAGGCUUUGGAGUCCACUGAGACCAAGGUCCUAAGUGCCCUGGUAGAACUGCGGAAGAUCUGCACCCUGGGCCUCCAGCGCAUCUUCUACCUGAAGCUGGAAGACUUGGUGUCUCCACCUUCCAUCAUUGACAAGCUCUUCCUGGACACCCUGCCCUUCUGAGUAGGAGCAGCCUGAGCAGGGAGCCGCCUCAUCUGCUAGCACCUGCUUGCUAAGCAGCAGAGGGAUGGGUCUGGACACUUACCAUUCCUGUCUUUUCUUAAGAGGAAAAAGCAGCUCCUGAAAAAAAGAAAGACUUUUUUUUUUUUUCUGGCACUUUUCCUUACAACCUAAAGCCAGAAAACUUGCAGAGUAUUGUGUUGGGGUUGUGUUUUAUAUUUAGGCUUUGGGGUCGGGGUGGGAGGGGGGUAUAGUUCAUGAAGGUUUUCUAAGAAAUUGCUAACAAAGCACUUUUGGACGAUGCUAUCCCAGCAGGAAAAAAAAAAAGAGGAUAAUAUAACUGUUUUAAAACUUUCUGGGGAAUACAAUUAUAGUUGCUUUGUAUUUAAAAACAAGAACAGCCGAGGGUUGUUCGCCAGGGUAGGAUGUGUCUUGAGAUGAUCCCUUUAGAAUACACUUCCUGUUUCAAGGGUACAUAUGUGGUGCAAACAAGGCAGAAAUUCCCUCUUCUUAAUUUCUUUCUUCCUUUAUUUUAACAAAUGGUGAAAGAUGGAGGAUAACCUAUCAAUCAGACAUAGCAAAAUGAUAAUGGCUGUUCACUUCCAUAUACAAGUGCAAUUUUUAAAGUGCUGUCUUACUAAGUCUUGUUUAUUAACUCUCCUUUAUUUUAUAUGGAAAUAAUAAGGAGGCAGUUAUGUUAGCAAAUGACACAUGCUAAUUUCCUAGCAGAGGCUUUGUCCGCCUGCCCUUUAAAACCCUUCUGAGGUAUGGUCCAUCCAAGAUUUCAGUCCAUUCUUAAUGGAUCCAGAUCCCUGCCCUGACUGUCCAGCUGUCCUAAAGAGAGCUCAGAUUAUAAGGUGGAUUGCAUACAACUGUUUUGGUUGUGUUCUGUCAACCCCGCCAGAGUUCCCUAAACUUGCUUCAGUUAUAGCAAUUGACUGACACAUUCGUUCAGAAGCCCAGGAGCGUUUGAUGAGUCUCAAAUGUUUGAUCCCUAGAUAAGUACAUGCAAAUGAGUAGGAACUGGAUCAUACAGGGUAAACACCAGGGGUAAUAAGGUUUUUUAAUAUAUAUAACUUAAUUUUUGUUAUCGGUUGAAGAGACAAUUUUGGAGAGCAAGCGAGUCUUAUUUUUUAAAAAAUAGUAUGAAUGUAAGUACUAGAAAGGAUUAGUGGGCUGCGUUUCAACAUUCCGUGUUCGUACUCCCUUUUGUAUGUUUAUACUGUUAAUGCCAUAUUACUAUGAGAUAA